UGUAUCCAGCUACCCAUAGUCGACCCGCGAUAUUUAAUAUACGACCCGGCAAAUGUUUGAGUACUCUACUUCCUAGCAAUUGCUCUAGAAGCCUUCUUGGAUACUUGCUGCAUCUGACUACUCAUACUUGACAUGCAUGGUAUCUACAUUUCAAACAUUGUAUAUCACAUAUUACCUGCGCCAUGGAGUCCACCACGCUAAUGACAUUCAUGCUUCAAUGCUCCCAGUCCGUAAGGACUGUUGAACUUUUAGGCUCAUGGGACAAUUUCAGCUCUCCCUAUAACAUGAAACGGGAUAGGCGGAAAGGCUUGGGCCACUGGACAGGCUGCUACCGCUUCAAAAACAUCAUCUGCGAUGGUGACAUUGAACAUCUUACCAACAAACGUGAGGGUGGGCUCCUCAUGGGAGGCAUAUACUGGUUCUAUUAUCGCCUAGAUGGAGAAAUCGAGUAUUCCGAUCCAUCAUAUCCGGUUACGACCUUGUGUCCAUUGUUGCCUGGUCAGCAGCUUAACGUUCUUGAGGUCCCAACGGACAGUACCGCCAUUGCCCCUGCAUCAAAUGAUCAAAUAAUCGUACCGUCUCUGAAUCCCGAGGACAAGUACCAGACACCACAUCCAAAGGAGGCUCUGCGUCUACCAAAGGUCAGCAAACGUACCGCAGCAGGGGUGACCUUACCGCAAACAUCGCCCAGGCUCGUGAGAUGCCGCUCAGCUGGGACAAACCUCGGAUAUAGGCGAGUAACUCGGGAGUAUCCUGUACGACGUGCACGUUCAGCUUCAGAUUCGCCAGUAGUAGCAGCCCAUAAUGGUAUAAUACCCAUGCGUGGCUACAGUCCAGAUACAGAUACUGGAAGAGGCAGAUCUCGGGCUCGACAAUUACCGGUAAGCGACGAGGACAGCCAUAUCAACCCGUUCCUGUUGUCGACUGAAGACGGCCGUCUCCACAUGUGUUCCCCAUCAUCGUCGACCACACCUUCACAGUGGUCCCAAAGCUCAGUCUCGACAUCCAGGCAUGGCCUGCACGUAUCGUCCCGCGCCGUCUCACCAGAUCUAGAGAGAAUCGGUGAGGUAAUUGGAGAGGAGGAAGAGCAGCUGAUCUAUGACUACAAUCCGACUGCCGGGCACGAUACGGAGGAUUUAUAUCUUCACGAUGGACUCGUGUUCCCAAGUCGAUCAAACUCGCAACAAUCGGUUGCAAGUUCGAGACUUCGACAAGACUUCUCCGGGCUUUUCUCACAUCGCAGGUCUACUUCAAAUGACAGCACUAACAAUACAUCUCCCACUCGACAUCCUACAGCCUAUAAUGAUCUCGUCGAUAUCCCAGAAGAUGUAAACGAGGGCAACUACGAAGACAUCAUAUCCGAGCAGGAAUUGAGAGAAUUUUCACCAUCUGGCAUGGAAUAUACUUAUCCAUACCCCACCAGGCCGCCUUCGAGACGUGCCUCGCCAGAAGGAGACGUACACUUGCUGAACAUACUAGACAAGGACGUCCCGAUGCUGGCUCCACUCCCUGAGGAAGUCGACGAGACUCUCCCUGAUUUCCAUUUCCAAUUGCGAUCCGACGGCGAUGAAGGAGACGUACUUCCAAGCAGCGAGUCAUCGAGCAGUCUCGAUGUAUGGGGUAGGAACAACUCGGUCACGUGGGAAAUGCCCGUCUUCGUGAACGAGCCCUUACUGUCACCCACAUUCAGUUCACUGAGCGAGUAUUCGAGUGGUAUCCAUACCCCUGACCUGGGUGCCCGACUCGAACGCUUCUUCCAACCGGACGCUGAACUCUUGGGCGACGACGAAGAGCUCGGCUUCGACCGCUUAGUACUAGACAAUAAUGGGCCACUAUGCUCGACGCCUUUCCAGCUACGGGAUCCUCCACCAGGCUCUGCGAAGGUCUCGUCUUCGCCGAAUGUAGUGCACGGGUCAACGCUUUACGGCUAUAGUCUGAUGGGCCACCCAGACAAUUCCGAAGCUACCCUCACACGAUUCGAACUGGAGCCUUCGAAACCGUUCGAGAGCUUUACACCUCAAGCUUCGCGCCCACCGACGGCACACCAGCAGAAGUCUGGUCUGCACGCAGAGGCGAGUCAGAUCUCGCAACUCGUAGACGACUUUGCGUAUCUCGGCGAGGCAGUGACAUGAGAAACACGCCAGCCAGACACCCGCGUGUAUACAGCGCAUGAUGUUGGUGUAUGUACCCAUUUUCGAAAAAAAAAAAGAGAACCGGACACGAAUGUAUAUAUAUUGAUUGUUCUGUUCGGGGAGGACUCCUUUGGGCUUUUCAUUCCCCCUCCUGAUUAUACCCAGACUUGCAGCGAUUUAGCAAAAAACGGCGUUGGAUUGGAAGAAGUCGGAAGUGCCGAUUCUGUGUCUGUGUUUGUGUUUGUGCUUGUGCUUGGCAUGACGACGAUGCCAA